GGCGGCGGCGGAGGGGGGCGGAGCGGGCGCCUGGGCCGCUUCUUCCUCCUCCUCCUCCUCCUCCUCCUCCUGGGCCGCGGUGGGGCUCCGCCGUGCCCGCCAUGGGGAUCCGCAAGAAGAGCAACAAGAACCCGCCCGUGCUGAGCCAUGAGUUCGUGGUGCAGAACCACGCCGACAUCGUCUCCUGCGUGGCCAUGGUCUUCCUGCUGGGGCUCAUGUUCGAGGUUACAGCAAAAGCAGCUGUGGUCUUUGUUACGCUUCAGUACAAUGUUACCAUUCCUGCCACAGAAGAACAGCCUAUGGAAACAGCCACACUCUAUCACUACGGCGUCAAAGAUCUGGCUACUGUUUUCUUCUACAUGCUGGUAGCAAUAAUUAUACAUGCUAUUAUUCAAGAAUACAUGUUAGAUAAAAUUAACAGACGAAUGCACUUUUCCAAAACAAAGCACAGCAAAUUCAACGAAUCUGGACAGCUCAGUGCAUUCUACCUUUUUUCCUGCGUUUGGGGAACCAGCAUUCUUGUGUCUGAGAACUAUGCGUCUGAUCCAACCUCACUCUGGAGAGACUAUCCACAUAUAUCGAUGCCGUUUCAAAUGAAGUUUUUCUACAUCUCACAGUUGGCAUACUGGUUCCAUGCUUUUCCAGAAUUGUACUUCCAGAAGACGAAAAAAGAAGACAUUCCUCGACAACUUGUUUAUAUUGGGCUUUAUCUUUUCCAUAUCUCCGGAGCUUAUCUGUUAAAUUUAACCCAUCUCGGGCUGGUUCUCCUUGUGUUGCAUUACUUUGUGGAAUUUCUCUUCCACAUCUCUAGACUGUUUUAUUUCAGUGACGAAAAGUACCAAAAAGGAUUUUCACUUUGGGCAAUUCUAUUUGUGUUGGGAAGACUUUUGACCUUGAUUCUUUCUGUCCUCACCGUUGGAUUUGGCCUUGCUAGAGCAGAGAAUCAAACAUUGGAUAUUAGUACUGGAAACUUCAAUGUGCUGCCAAUCAGAAUCAGCGUGUUGGCCUCCAUCUGCUUAACUCAGGCCUUUAUGAUGUGGAAGUUCAUUAAUUUUCAGCUGAGAAGAUGGAGAGAACAUUCCUCACCUCCUCAACCAGUAAAAAAGAAGUUCGUAGCGGCCAAAGGCAAGCUGCCUAAAAAAGAAAGAGAAAAUGGAAUAAAUGGAACAUUAACUUCAAAUGGAGCCGACUCGCCUCGUAGCAGAAAAGAAAAAUCCUCUUAAAACAGAACUUUAUUAAGUUAAUUGACUAAUAUCCCCAAAGAGAACUGCUUUUUAUGUUGGAAAGUCCUUCAGCACCUGAGUUCUUACUGUUGACAAACAAAUAAAAAUCAAUGGUUUUCGAUUAUUGCUACCAUAAUGGUUUUUGUGCAACUUUUUAAAACAUUUUAACUGAAAAAGGGGCCACCUUUUACUAUCUUUAAAAAAAUGAGUAUUAAUCAAAAUUCACUUGCCAAAAAUAGUAAUAGUCUGCCAUUCCUUCCAGCUUUACAAUUGUGAUGUAGCCCAUUCCAAAACUGUUACGAAGUUUGUUUGAGAAUUUGACGUUUAAAGUAAUACCAUAUCUGUUUUUAUAUAUUCUCUGAUGCUUAAGUGUAUGUUAUGAUUUUACAGCUCAGAACAGAAUUUGUAAAGCGCCAAAAUAAUCAUUACUUUGUAGGUGAUUCCUACGGUGGUUCAAGAAAUUCCCUUAUUAAAACACAGUUAGACUGACUGAAAUGUUCCAGAGUAUAUAUGUGUGCGUGUGUGUGUUGUCAAGGAAUCCGUUGUGUAUAUUGUGGGUAUUGUUGGGAUCAAAGUUUUUGUGGUAUAGGGCAUCCUACCAUAAGAACCGGCCACAAAAUAAGUUUAUAUCUUAAAAACAUACUGAGUUGCUCCUACAGCCGUUUUUAAUUUGGCAUGGUAACUUCUUGGUUUUCUUCAACCUGAUUUUGCUGACUCUCAGCUCUCUUGAUGCAGCCAGUGAGAUCUGGAUUCCUUGAACCCUGAUGUCUUCAGUACAAUUAGGAGCAGCACAUAAAACACCCAAGUAUGUGUUGCAAGCGCUGACCUGCAUGGCCCAGACUAGCGCUCUCUCAUCAGAUCACAGAAGCUAAGUAUGGUUGGCCCUGGUCAGUAUUUGGAUGGGGGGUCCACCAAGGAAGGCCGGGGUUGCUAUGCGGGCAAUGGCAAACCACUUCUGAACGUCUUCGGCCUUGAAAACCCUACAGGGUUGCCUUGAGUCAGCUGUGACUUGAUGGUGCUUUCCACCACCAUGUGUUACAAGAGGUAGUUGCGAACGAGUUGAUGGUACUAAAAAUAACAGUGCUGCUUGAUAAAGAUCCCCCAGUGCAAGGAAAGUUAUGUCAACCGCCAUCUCCCAUUUAUUCCCCAGUCCAAUAGCAGGUAGCAUUGCCAAGGGUUUAUCUCAAUGUUGAUAUUUCUGUGGUGGGUAGGGAAUUGCCUGACUACAAAAAAGCAUCUGACUACAAGGAGCAUAAAGAGUAUGGUAUGAAAACAAUAAGUUGGAACGACUGAUUGUGAAAUAUAUAUUGUUUUUUCACCGUCAAAAUAUUAGUGGGAUAAACCUCAGUAAGAAUCUCACUUGAGGAUUAUCUUGCUUUAAUUACACUAUAUGUGAAUAUGUAUCAGGUAGAAUUCUUAACAGAUGAAAGCUGUUAUAGAGCACCAGAUGAUCAAUGCUGAGGAGUAACAAAUGGCUUGGCCUGACUAUAUCCUUUCACUAGAUUUUAGCCGGCUCCAGAUAAUUGCUUCCGCGUGGAAGUUAAGCGUAGUGCUUCCACAGGACAUUGCCAUGUAUAGGAGGGAAGCGUUCUCUGAAGGGCUGCUAAAGUUCCCCAGCUUAGCUAAUUUACUUUAUUCACACAGUUAGAUAGCCUUUAAUUGGAGCAGGGACAAGUAAUGGUACUAUAAUGGGGGUUUCGUAGCGAGCCUUGACAAUCUGACCCAGAUCUCUGGGUAUUGCUGCGUUAGGGAGGAGAGAAGGUCAGAGCAGUUUCCACCUCUGAUCUUUGAGCAGGGAACAAAUCCCAGACUUUUCCAUGCGUCCUUUACUUGGUUUUAAAAAUAAUACAACAAUAAGAGUCGGGGCAUUUAAUAGCACCACCCCCAUACCGUCGAAACAAGAUCUUAUAUACUCAGUUAAAAGUAAGUCAUUUUUCUUAGCGAUAUGGUGUCUUGUUGUAUGGUUUAUUUGUGCAGAAGGGUCCAGCAUCAGCCAUGCCAAAGAAGCCACAUAGUCCAUAUAAGGGAUUGGAAUGUGAAUGACUUACAAAAUUACUAUUAUCUUCUAUUCCUUUCUAACCUUCCCCCCUGCGAUAGAUUUGGCAAAUUAACGUUCUGUCCCUAUGAAGUGACGGACAGUGCCACUAUCUUGAGCAUACAUUCCAAACACUCAAUAAUCCCAGUAUAUGGACUCCAUGCCUUCAGGUUUCUCACAACCACCCUGUCAGCGUCCUUUGGCGCUAGUAUGUUCAUAUCUGCAGGUUCUCAAGACAAUACUUUAUUGCACUCUGGACUAAGAGUGUGGUGUUUGAAUGUUUUCCUAGCUGGAACAACUGGAUUACUUUGUUCAGUUGUGUUUCGUGUAAAGCUUUUGUUAAUUUUAGCUUCUUUUUUCAGCCUAAAGCGGAGUUUUAUGAAAUUCAAACCUCACGAAAUGGUUCCAAUAAAAUGUAAUGGUAAAUGUAUACGUUUUCUUUCUACAAAUGAGACCGUGCCUGAUUUACAUUCCUGGAAGGAUUUUUUCGAGAUGUAUUGGGAUUAACGAGUUUGAUAGACUAUUGUUCCUUUAAUGUACAUUUCUAAUAAAUUCUUAAUAAAACAA